GAUGGAAAGCGCAAAAGAAAGUAAAAAAGAGACUAUCAAGAAAAUGAAUGGCAGAGAGAAGAUUGGGAGAGAGACAUGAAUUUUACGAUACGCGGUGAUAUUAGAUAUCAAAGGAAAGCAGACAAAAUAUCCAUCCCAGACAGAUACCGUCAUUCCUAUCACCACACGUACCUCGAUGACGAUACAGACGACGAUACCAAUUCAAGUAUGACGAGUGGCACCACCGUUUCCAGCAGAAGCGUGUCCUCAAUUAUGGGCAUUUCUUUGGCUGGCCUGGAUAACUUCAUGUACAAUCAACCGCCUCCUUCCGUGCAAAAGACAUCCCCCACCAUUAACUUUGAUUUUAGUGAAUAUCCAGGUAUAGUUCAACAAAUAGUACCAACAACACGACCACAGCAAGACCAAGUUGAUGACUGGAAUGACGAUAUCGACCUUUCCGAUCAUGCUUCCUUCUCUAUCAGCUCUGUCAGCACAAACCUUUAUGAUGAACUUAUUGUGGAUGAAGAGGAGCCAUUGCUUGACACGCAACCUCCCGAGGGUUUACGUUCACCAAUCGCAGCUACAAAACUGCGCUUCACCUAUGAGCCUGAAACCGAAGAUGAUGAUAUGACAGGUCUUCACUUCCCCCAAGAUUUAGCUCAUCUUUCUACAUUGAUCGAACAAAGAAAGGCUUCACCACAAAUCUCUUCAUCACGAACUCUGACCCAAAAGACACGCAUAUCUCCACUUUUAGCAGGCAUCGAAAGAGAACGUGAUGACGAUGAUUUUACGCAAGGUCUGGCAAUCGAAAACCAGGCCUUCAUUGCAAAGUUACCACAACCAGUGACCUCCACUUCUUCCUCCAACAUGAUCAAACAGCCCACAAAACUGACCAAGCUCAAAACACCUACCAACUUUGUAAGCAGGUUAGCAAGACCUACACCCAUUCAUAAUAAACCUUCAACGCCAUCACCAGGUUUGACACAGCGGGCCAAACCAGUUCAGCCGAGAAUCCCCAUCCCUUCCCGGCAAAUACCUUUUGCUGGUCCCUCUUCACGUGAGGCCAAUGGCCCAUUGACACUCAACCACGCCAAAUUUAGACCUGCGCAUUCUACCAUGACCGAAAGAAAAAGUCCAGCUGGAUUCACUUUAAUUGCUAGACCAAAAACAAAAUCUCCUCCCAAAUACUGUACACGAUUAGAUAACAUGGAUAAUUUAAAUGUCUUGCCUUCAAGACCUGCUCAUAUUAGAAACACACCUUCCGUACAUAGAACGGGCACAGCCACAAGACCUGUCCAGUCCUCCAGCCAGAAUAGACCUGCAGGACAAAAUAUUACCAGUAAUAUCGGUAGAUCAAAAACAAUUACCGCAAGAGCUCCAAUUAACACACCUAGUGUGCCCAGGGGACCAAGCACAUCCAGUAAUUUAAAAGAGCCUAGACAAAGAGUGAACAGUAGACCUACUGUCCCCAGCAGACAUCUUGAACAACAUACACGUGGAGAACCAAAUGCACCCUUUGAGGGAGCUAAAGACUAUGGGGUGAAUAGAACCAUGCUACCCAGUCGACCAAGUGUGUUAAGUAGAUUGAAUGCAUACAAUGAUUCAACCAUACCAGAUAGACCUAAUAAACCUACCGUUUUGAGCCAAUUCAACUCGAGCUAUUAUCCCGAAGCCCAAGAUAAAUCUGGCAGACCAAGCGUUUAUAGUAGAUUCAAUACAUCAACCCCACCAGCUAAAACAGAAGAUAGAUUGCUAGGAGGCAGACCUCCUGUUUUAAACAGAUCACGAACACAAGCCAAUAAUGUCAAGUUAAUUCAACCGACAAGAGAACUUUUAACGAAUGAAUACAACAAUAUGAAAUAUGAUGCUUUAAAUCAUACAUGGAGAGGCAAUGAAGGAAACGUCAAUGCGGUAUUGGAGCGACCUGCAGCGCGACGACGCCCGAUGAUUAUUUCGGGCGGACAAGGUCAUGCACCCAGUCGCUAUGCAGCCGUUGUAGGAAAUUCCAUGAUAUUUAAUCCAGAGUCACGAAGCUGGGUAUCCAGUCAUGGUCCAGAACACAAUGAAUUAGAUGCCAUUGAAGAUUUACAACCGCAUAUGGCUUUAUCUGUCACCAGCAACGUACCUGUCCAAUUUCAACUUCCAUCUACCUCCGAUGCCAUUGCUCAACAAGAGAAACAUGAUGCAUUUAUGGCCAAUUGGUUAGGUCUUCUUCAAUAAAAAAUAGUUUUGUGUGACGAUGAGGAUUAAUAUCGUGCAUUUUUUUUCAUUGAGGUUCAUCGACUCCAAAAAAAAAAAUGAUGACAGUGGAUUCAUUUACAGAAACUGGUUUUCAGUCAAAUGAU